GCUGUGCUGGGCACAGAGGGGUGGCAACCGUGGAGCAGAAAGGGGUAUAAAGGCAGUGGGCCGCAGGUGAGGCCCCCACCAGAGGCCAUGGCUCUCUUCCUGCUGACCCUGGGGCUGGGCCUCGUCUCCGCCCAGGAGCUCAACCCCCAGGCCAUUGUGCAGAAGAACUAUAACACGGCCAAGGUUUCAGGGAUCUGGUAUCCGGUGUCCAUGGCCUCCGACGACAUAAAGCGCAUCGGGGAAAACGGGGACCUGAGGGUCUUCAUCCGGAACAUCGAGAGCUUGGAGGACGGGCGUCUGAGAUUCCAUUUCCGCACCAUGGUGCACGGGGAGUGCGAACACGUGGCCAUGGUCUGCGAGAAGGCGGAGAGGGACUGGGAGUACAGCAUCGGCCAUGAGGGGGACAAUACGGUGCUGCUCUCGGAGACCGACUACAGACAGUACCUCAUCUUCCACCUCCGGAACAUCAGGAACGGGACACAGACCACCGUGCUGGCACUCUAUGAUUUGAAAAAGUCUGCAGAAAGUACGGACUGGGUCCGCAGAACAUCAUCGGGCUCGGCAACCUAG